UAUUGCUGAAUUUCGCUAUCGAUGCAUUGUUAUCUCAAGAAAUAUAACAAAACGGCUGAGGAAUUCGAUAUCCGAUAUACAAUUCUCUUGCUGAUGUGUUUCAUCGUUCAAGCUGUUCCAUGCGACGAGCCACCCUUAUGUCACUGGUGGAAUGUCUUCUAAGGAGUGCAGAUUUUAAUUCUCUUUUCUACACCUGCAGUUGUUUUUCUCUUUAUGGUGGUAUUUCUAUUAAUAUCUAUAUUACUGAUGGCCAUGCAUUUCUAUCUGUAAGUCGAUACUACACGCUGGAAAGUGUUAAGAAUGAAAAAGUGGAACUGCAUCCACCGUAUUUUUCUUUACUUCUUUCUAAGCGCCAUUGUUCAAGGACGCGACUCCAAAACGAAGAACUUUUACACUUCACGCGCAAAAGGGAAUGACAACUGGUCGUGUGACCAAACAGAACCAUGUCAAACCAUUUGGAGGGCAGUAUCCCUAGCUUCAGAUGGGGAUGUAGUUUACUUGGAUGGCACCGGCACUGGAAAAAAUCCAUACAGCUGUCACUCAACACAAAAUCUGGGAGUUUACAUCAAUAAAAGGCUUGCCUUGAUAGGAACUGGACCCAUGCUUCCUCAGAUACGAUGCUCUGAGGGAACAAGUUUGACAUUCAAUGGUUCCGGAAACGCCUCGCAAAUGAAUGUUACAUUAUCAGGACUACUCGUAAGUGACAGUUUGGUAUACUUCCAUGACUUGUCCGUUAACAUUUAUGGAUGCCAAUUCAUCGGUAGCAAACACGGUGUGAAGUUUGUGAUGAGCAACAGAGAGGUGUCUGAUAUUGUUAUUACCGAUUCAAACUUUUUCGGAAACAAGGAAUGUAUCUCAGUUUUUGUCACGGGUUCAAGGAUUGGAUCUCCAAUUAUAAAACAAAACUUGAUUCUAAAGAAUUCUUCUAUGUCCGGGAACACCAUUGCCGACGGAGGAAAUUUCAUUUCCCUCACAGAGUCUCCUGAUAACAACAAGACUGUAAAUUGUUUUAUUGCCAUGGAAACUGUAACGUUUUCCGGCAACACAUACAACUCAAGAGGUCUCGUUUACCUCCAGUUCAAAAAUGGCGACCAGUACUUUAGAAACCAUAAGGUAAUAUCCAUGAACAACAGGCCAUCAUCAAAUAAGGAAGUAUUGUUGGAUCUUCAGAGGAACAGUGAGUUUAUGUUCGAGUGCCAAAAUGUUACUAUUUCAAUCAACUCAAGCAACUUUAUAUCUCAGAAUGCUAGAACAUUAAACGUGUCGGCAACCAACAUUUUAUUGCAAAUCUCUAAUUCACGUUUCAGCGUUCACCGAUUGGCAAGAUAUGGAGGAGUUGUAUCCUUAAGGGGAUCUAGCGAAUGUGAGUUGAAAAUAUCAAACUCGUCGUUUAUCAACAAUACCGUCAUUUUAGAUAAUGGCGGAGCUAUCGAAGCUGAAUGCACAAAGGUCAGGUGUACUUUAACCAGUAGUACCUUCACAGAUAACACGGCUGUGAAUGGAAAUGGUGGAGCAGUAAAACUCCGUGUUUUCUCCUCUAGUUUCAAUUAUUUAAGAAAAGAGAAUGACAAUAAAGACAAUGAUUUGGUGGUUUUAGUUAGAAAUGUGACAUUCAACAAUUGCAGUGCGCUCUCUGGUGGAGCGUUAAGCAUUGUCUACGAAAGAAGACAUCAUGGUGUUGUAAGUAUUAGCAACUGUCUCUUCAUAUCUAAUGGGGCUCUUGCUGGGAAAGAACCCUUAAGUGGUUAUGGUGGAGCCAUCCAGGUCAGGCCAGCUACUGAUGAUAAAUUAAAAGAAAAACACAGCAAUAUCAAUGUCAUAAUCGGGGGAUCAAUAUUUACCAACAACACCGCAGUUAUAGCAGGUGGUGCCAUUUAUGUAAAAGUGACCGAUCAAAGUAACGUUAUUAUUGAGAAAUCAGAAAUAGAAUGGAGUAGUGGUUUGUUUGGCGGAUGUACCAUUGUUGGACCCACCUCAUCCUUAAAAAUACUUGACUGUACCUUUGCAAAUAACUUAGCCAAUGCUUUAGCGAUAUUUCACAAUGUGAAAAACGUUGAAAUCAUAGAUUCGUCUUUUGUUGGUAAUUAUCCUUUAAGUGGAUCAUUUGGAGGGGCCCUUGUUAUUUCGGAUAGCAAGAAAUGCGAACAGGAACAAUUACAACAGGGAUCAUAUGCGAUCAUCCAGAACACGACAUUUAAAAGUAAUAUAGCAGUGAAUAGUGGUGGUGCUGUGUAUUUGGCCAACUGCAAGACAAACAUUCGGAAUUGUCAGUUUUUUAACAAUUUCGCCCCACGCUACGGUGCUCAUGUAUAUGCGCUAAAAACAAACAGUUUGGCGAUACUAGACAGCAUCUAUAUGCAAACCAGAAACAAACCGCGAUUAAUCAAUGGAAAAAAUUACUCUGACCAUUCUUCACUUAUUGACAUAGUUGAUAUAGAAACACUGGUUGUGUAUAACACAACAGUGGAGGUCAAGGCAUAUAGUCGUGAUAAAGCUUUGAUGAUGGUGACAAGCAUUGUUGGUAAGGUGGAUCUUGGUAACGAAAACUUUGCAGCAGAGUUUACUUGUCCUGUUGGAAGUGAAAUCAAAAUUAAUUGUAUGCCUGGUAUCUUAAACACUCCAGACCGACCUUGUAAAUCUCAUCGUAAUGGCGGUGGAGUCUCUAGUAUUCAAUUAAGAUGCUCUGUUUGUGAGGGAAAUUCCUACAGCCUGGAACGUGGUCGAGCCAAAGGAACCCAGUUGGUGUCACCAGUCCAGUGUCACCCUUGCCCAUUUGGUGCAGAUUGCACUAAGAAUAUAGUUGCCAAACGUGACUUUUGGGGUUUCAAAGAACAGCAAAACUCCUCGCUGCUAAGGUUCACCAUGUGUCCUAUGGGAUAUUGCAGCCAACCAAAGGAAGCAGACUUUCCUGAGUUUAACAGCUGCCAAGGAAACCGGUCUGGCAAAUUGUGUGGAGAGUGUAAAGACAAUUAUGUGGAGACACUUUACUCUACACAGUGUAUACCAUCACAUUGGUGUAAUGAUUACUGGUUCUGGCCCGUGGCGUUGAUUUAUGUUUUUGUUAUGGCAUUGUACCUAACAUUUAGACCUCCUGUGGUACCUUGGAUCAAGCGUCAGAUCUUGUGGUUCAAGCAGAAUGAGCCAGUGGGCCAGGAUGUCAACUUUGAGAAAGGUUAUAUGAAGAUUCUUUUCUACUUCUAUCAAGCAGCAAAUCUUGUUCUUAUCUCUGGCUCGUCCCAGUUGGCUAUCAAAGAUAAAAUCGUUCAACCACUACUUGGCGCAUUCAACUUCAGAUCCGGUUUUCUUCAGGAAUUCAAUUGUCCCUUUACUGGUCUCACGGUGGUAACCGAGCAGUUAUUCUUAGCAUCUCACGUUGUUUGCACGUUGCUAGUAAUAUGUGCUUUGUACGGUGUACUUUGUGGUUUUCAGAGGUUUCGAGGCAAAGGGAAUCCAUCUCCAGGUCCAUAUGUAGGCGGCAUCUUACAAACUACUUUGCUGGGAUAUACAGUCAUAGCCACCAAAAGCUUCAGUUUGUUGCGUUGUGUUGAUAUUGGUGGGGAAAGACGUUUGUUUUUUGAUAGUAACAUUGUUUGUUUUCAAUGGUGGCAAUACCUCUUGAUGGGAUUUGCUUGUGGUCACAUUGUACCGUUUUUGUUCGUCCUCCUUUGGGGCUCUUGUAAACUAUAUUAUAAGACUAUCUCUGCGAAUAAUUUCCUCGUGGCUUGUUUUUUUCCAUUGCCACUUAUAAUCUACUGGUCUUAUGGUUUCUUGCACGGUAAAUUGAGAGGGGCAGUCACAGAAAACGCACCACCGAGCACGGAUUUGAAAAGGUAUUUGGAAAUAGUUCUUUAUGAUUCCUUCAAAAGGCUUGAAAAAGGAAGUGAACUAUCCCUUUGUUGGGAAAGUGUCAUGAUUGGCCGUCGACUGAUCCUUGCUGCACUGAAGUCAUUCGUCAGCGACCCAUUGCCUCGAGUCGUCAUUAUGAAUUUAUUAUGUGUUUUGUUUCUUAUUCACCACACUUUGACUCUGCCAUUUCGUGAUGAUAUUGCCAAUAUAAUUGAGACCAUUUCACUGGCAUCUAUUGUUGUUUUGGGAUCUGCGAACGUGUUCUUUGCUUCGUUCGUGUCGUUAGGUGUUUCAAUCGACAACAAGUCCUUGAGACACUGGUGGAAUGUCUUGCAAAUUAUAGAGCUCGUAAUUCUCAGCCUAGUACCUAUAUGUUUUUUGUUAGUACUGGUCGUGGCUUUUGUCUCUCUGUGGUUCCGGAUAAUCGUUGUGGGUUUUCGUGCUUUGUUCAAAGUCUUGAACUCCUUUAGUGCACGUUCCAAGAGCCAGACGGAAGAGAGAAGAUCGCUGAUAGGUCUAUAAUAUGGGAGCUAGAUGAUGUCCAAACUAUUGUGCAGGCUGCUCGCGAGGAAAAGAACCCAUCCGUAUUGUUCAAUUCCAUUAGGAAAGCAGCAAAGAAGCAAAUAAACAAGCCAUACUUAAUGUCCGCCUGGAAAACCUUUACGUUUAAUUUAGAGCAAGUCUUCUUCCUUUCGAUUUUAGGCUGGGCGUAUGAACACUUAAAGAGGGAAAACUUUUUAUCAGAGCUGACAUUUUUUUGCAUUUGAAAUACGACAACACUCUUCUUGCAAAUACACAAAGGCUCCACUAGUAUUAUGGUUACUGGUCAAGUCGCCCGGAGGUCAUGUCGUCGGGAACCUGAGUCAUUUCGCCCGAGAUUUUAGUCAUGUCAACCGAAGAAAAAGUCAAGUCGCCUGAAAAAGCAAAUACUCAAAAGCUCAGACUUACAGACUGUAAAUAGGCAAUAAAGUUGAGAAAUUUUUAUCACUAAGGCACUCUUUGUUUCCCACAAAACCAUUAUCAGAAUAGAAAUGUGUACCCCUGUCAACUCUAAAAGGCUUUGUUCGUUUCUAGCAACAAAAUAAAGCGCUGCUCGUUUGGUAUUUACUCGUUUCGUACACAGGACGUUUCGUAACCUUGAGAAACUUUACCUUGGUUUCUUAAAACCAUGAAGACUUUGACUACAUAGAAAACGAUCAUAUGGCCAGAAUUGAAAUAUGUUUGAGUGACGAUUCUAAAAACGUUGCCACGGUUCGUUUUUAAUAACAAACAAACGCUUCGGGUGACAUGACCCAGGUUCCGUGCAAUAUGGUUAAUUUCGAUGUUACCACGGCAACUGUUAUCUUUAACUACAUAUUUAUAGGGUGUUUUGAAAUGGUACUGGCAUAUGUAAGUGCUUUUGUGGAAUCAAAAUUUACGCGGUGUAAUGACGAUUAAGAUUUAAAGAUAGAACGUUAGUAGUGUAUUGUUGAGUGUGAAUUAAAGAAUUAAAUAUGUUAUCAUAGACCACAGGCAGCCCAUGCGUAAUGUGUGUGAUUUGAGGCUUUAAAGGCCAUUAACGGGAAUAAAUUUUAAGCGUAGUC